CAUUGCCUAAAUUAUGGAAGAAAUUUAAGUCUCGUCUUGUCCCUUUCACCAUACCCACACACUGGCAGUCAGUCCUGUUUUGUCAUUUGGCCUUUUAAUAGCCAGGGCACUGUAGGCGGGGGAGUUAGUUAACUGAACCACCUACCCCCUACCCUGGUCAGAUAUGCACAUGUUUUGACUCCAGCCUUAGCACACAAUAGGUGCUAUUUCUGUAAUGCACUAGGGUCAUGACUCCACUUAUACCCUCCACCCCUCCCCAUCUGUCUCUCUCUCUCUCCUUUUCACCCCUGCUCUUCAUCUGACACCGUCACCUAUUUGCACAGAAUCAUGGCGGACAGAAACAGCCGGUUCAGCGUCAAGAGGAAAGAAAAGAAGGCGGAAAGCAAAACGAAUAGUGAGAAGGACAAAGAAAAGGAAAAGGUGAAUGAGAAUAUGGCAAAAAAGCCAGAAAAACCCCAGAAGAAACCAGAGAAGGUCCCUGAGCAGCCAAAGAACGAUGAAGAGAAGAGGAAUGGGGAAAGUGAGGGGGCAGCAGGCGCAGACGCAAAAAACAGUGAUGAAAAUGGGGAGUUUCAGCCUAUAGAACUGCCUCCGUUUGAGAUCGUCACAGGGGAACAGAUGAGCCCAUUCUACUUCAAGUUUCAGUUCAGGAAUGUGGAGUACUCAUCAGGGAGGAACAAAACCCUCCUGUGUUUCAGAGUGGAUACAGCAGGAGGCAGCGCAGAGCCUCUGAAAGGUUACAUGGAGGACGAACAUGCCACCGCUCAUGCAGAGGUGGCCUUCUUUGAACAGGUGCUCCCUAAUGCCUCUCUAGAGUGUGAUGUCACAUGGUAUGUAUCAUCUAGUCCAUGUGUGGCCUGUGCAGCCAAGUUGGCCAGCAUCCUCCAGCAGCGCAAAAAGCUACGUCUUUGUAUAUUCUGUUCCCGUCUCUUCGAGUGGGAGGAGCCAGAGAUAGUUGAAGGGCUUAAGGGUCUGGUGAGAGCCGGCUGCAAACUGCGAAUGAUGAAGCCGUCUGACUUCCUGCAUGUGUGGGAAACGUACGUGGAGAAGGAGGAUCAGAGCUUUACACCCUGGGAGGAUUGUCAGGAGAACUACAACUACUAUGUGGAAAAACUGGCAGAUAUCCUCAAGUAGAUAUGCACGGGACCUCCCCACCGACUGAUCCACAAAUCGCACUACUUGUGAAAUUCCCACUGGCUGAAUGCGUGUUUCUUGCAGUCACAUGUAAACGGUGCAGAAUGUUGUUAUGCACUCUUGGCAACAUUUUAUACUUUUUAUUAACGCAAUUCAUGUGGACACUUAAAAUGCUUGAAUUUUUACAUAAAUAUAUCAACUAAUCAACAUCCAAGUGGUUAGAAAACAAAGCAAGAAACAAAGAACAAAAGUGACAUUCAUCGUUACAGUAAAAAUAAACUUCAGAGAACAACACAGUUUAUGUUACAUCUGCUGAUAUCUGCUGCUUGUUCAGAGAACUGAAUAACUAACUGAAGAACAAUGAAUAAAUUCUCCUCCACGUCAUCGUACAUGUAAAAUAUAUACAGCAACUCAAAAUGAACAGUGAUUAUAAAUGAUGUUCAGCUCAUAAAUAAUGUUUUUUUCUAUUUAACAGUGCCUUAAAAACCAAAUUCAUUCAAACAAUGUGAAUUAAACGAUGCAUAAAUCCUCAACAGUUUUGUGCUUUUUGGUAAUGUGUGUAUAAAAUAUCUGUUCAUGCAUAUUUUAUGAAAGCUGAUAUGUUUAUUUUUUUCAGUAGCUGGUUUUUUAAAAACUCUACCUAGCCCUGAAGAGUUUCCAGCUGUCGGGUCAUGACAGAAUACUUCUUAAACGAAAACCUUUUACAUCAAUCUUAAUGAUCUUCAGCUGAGUUUCAGAUUUCCUGUGACAGCCACAUCACUAUAUUGCACAAAGAUGUUGUUUUCUGGUGUGCACUGACCAUUAAAGCCUCACAGAGCUGAA